CAGCCUCCUCCUCGUACACUGGACCACACGCUCUCAGGACAACAAAGCCAUCGGUACCAACAGAACACGACUCACAUCUGCGACCUGAAUUUCGUCUGAGGAAACUUGCGUAUUUACUGCCCCGUGUAUUUCAGUGUCAGCUCUCGCCGGCAGAAAUGGACGAGCACUUCGACGCACGAGAUAAAGUAGAGAGGAAGGACCGGUGCGGCUCGCGAGCUAACGGCGUCCCGAGCCCCGCCCACAGCGCGCACUGCAGCCUGUAUCGCACGCGCACUCUCAAGGCGCUCAGCUCGGAGAAGCGAGCCAAAAAGGUUCGCUUCUACCGUAACGGAGACCGUUACUUCCCCGGCCUGGUGUGCGCCGUUUCCUCCGAGCGCUUCCGCACACUGGACGCCCUUCUAGCCGAGCUGACGCGCGCACUCACCGACAACGUGCACCUGCCCCAGGGCGUGCGCGUCAUCUACGUCAUCGACGGCUCGAGGAAGAUCAGCAGCGUCGAUCAGCUGCUGGAAGGAGAGAGUUAUGUAUGUGGCUCCACUGAAGCUUUCAAGAAGCUUGAUUACAUGAAGAACAUCAACCCCAACUGGUCUAUGAACGUGAAAGCUUCAGCAUCCACUAGAUGCCUGCCCACCCUCUCCAGCUCUAAACCGGGGCCCCAUGAAUUUAAAGAGAUCAAGGACUUCAUCAGGCCUAAGCUGGUCACUAUUGUACGCAGUGGUGUAAAGCCACGCAAAGCUGUUCGGAUUCUGCUUAACAAGAAGACAGCCCAUUCUUUUGAGCAUGUCCUUUCUGAUAUCACGGAAGCCAUCAAGCUUGAUUCUGGCAUUGUCAAGAGGAUUUACACUGUCGAAGGAAAGCAGGUUACAUGCCUUCAGGACUUCUUUGGUGAUGACGACAUCUUCAUUGCAUGUGGACCGGAGAAGUUUCGCUACCGUGAUGACUUCCUGCUGGAUGAAAGCGAAUGCAGGCUGAUGAAAUCAUCCUCCUAUGGAAAGAGUCUUCUAAGUCGAGCAUCUCCCAGGACUAUGACACCCUCCAGAAGCAGCAAGUCACCAUCAGUGAACGGGACUCCAGCCAGCCAGCUGUCUACACUAAACUGUACAAAGUCACCCAGUCCGACUCCAGCCAGCCCAGGGAGCCUCAAGAAGGGCUCUGAAGAGAACAGCUCCUCUACCUCUCUGGCCUCCACCAAGGUCUGCAGUCUGGAUGAGGGUGAUGGUGCUGUCAGUGAUGCUGAGCCUGUGGAGGAGAGCACAGCACCUGCAGUCCCGGCCUCUCUCUCUGAUCGCUACACGGUAGGACGUAUGAUCGGCGACGGCAACUUUGCAGUAGUGCACGAGUGUGUGGAGCGCUCUACUGGCCGGGCCUACGCUUUGAAGAUUAUCAAUAAAGGCAAAUGCAGAGGAAAAGAGCAGAUGAUCCAGAACGAGGUGGCUAUUCUUCGGCGAGUUAAACAUCCCAACAUUGUGCUGCUGAUUGAGGAGAUGGACACAUACAGCGAGCUCUACCUUGUCAUGGAGCUUGUCAAGGGGGGCGACCUCUUUGACGCUAUUACCUCUGCGACCAGAUACACAGAGAGGGAUGCCAGUGGCAUGCUGUACAACCUGGCCAACGCCAUUAAAUAUCUACACAGCCUUAACAUCGUCCACAGAGACAUUAAACCAGAGAACCUUUUGGUGUAUGAGCACCAGGACGGCAGUAAGUCUCUAAAGCUGGGAGACUUUGGCUUGGCCACAGUGGUGGACGGGCCGCUUUACACCGUCUGUGGGACUCCCACCUAUGUAGCACCUGAGAUUAUUGCAGAGACCGGCUAUGGCCUUAAGGUAGAUAUUUGGGCAGCUGGAGUUAUCACAUACAUCCUACUGUGCGGCUUCCCACCGUUCCGAGGGAGUGCAGAUGACCAGGAGGCACUGUUUGACCAGAUUCUGUUGGGUCAGUUAGAAUUCCCUCUCCCAUACUGGGACAAUGUGUCAGACUCAGCCAAGGAGCUGAUUAUAUCCAUGCUGCAGGUGGAGGUGGAUCAGAGAUACACAGCUCUGCAGGUGCUGGAGCAUCCCUGGGUCACUGAUGACGGUUUAUCAGAGAACGAACAUCAGCUCUCAGUGGCAGGAAAGAUCAAGAAGCACUUUAACACAAGCCCAAAGCCCAGUGACACCAUGUCAGAUAUGAACGUCAUCACGCUCAACCACGACUUUGGCAUCCAGAGAUCAGGGUCACUGGACUACUAUCAGCAUCCAGGAAUGUACUGGAUAAGGCCACCGCUCUUGAUAAGGAGAGGCAGAUUCUCAGACGAGGAUGCCACCAGAAUGUAAGCACAGAGCUUUGCACCACCCAGCCGUUCUGUAGCCUCCCCUUUCGACUCUCGUCCUCUGUUCUGUCUUGCUCUCCAAAUGGCCCCCUUCAGUCCCACCACCACGCCCACCUCGUCCACAUCCACGCCUGAGUCUGAAGACUUUUCUGGCCACUCCAGUGAGACUGACUGCUCCCCAGCAACCCCUUCCUUCUAGGGUCUGGUUGAGGGUGGUGAGUGCAGAAGGAGAAGAAGGGUUUAUGAGGAUUCAGAAUGCGGCAUUGUGGAAUUCAUUCAUCUAAGCCAUUUUAGAAAGUGGACUUUGUUUCCCAGCUAGGAAUUGGGAAUAGUUUGUCAGGACUGGCAAUGGUUACUUUGAACUGAUUCACUUCAUUAAUUUUAUGUUUUGUUUUUUCUUCAGUAAAAAGAAACUACCCUAAAGUUUCUGUACUCUGACUUUAUUUUAUCUUUGGUCCAGUCUUGCUGAAUGUUCCAGGAGAUUCUGUGGAUAUGGAGCAGCUAAUUAACAGUUAAUUAACAGUUAACUGGUUAUUUGUGUGUUAAUGAGUGGUUAUGUGAAGCUGCAGAGCUACAGGUACAGAUGUCCACUGACUUUGUCCACCUGAUUGCUGCUCUCUGGAAACAAAGCACCGAAGCAACGAAGUCUUAUGUGUGGAAAAACUCUUUCUUCACCGUCACAACAUCACCCCAUCAUUAUUUCAGCACUUUGCUCUCCUUCUCUCUGAAACUUGCAGCUGAAGGCGCUGUCAGAAGCAGUUUCGCAUGUCAGAUGGGGAAGGUUUUUAUUUUUUUUUUUUGUAAUCGGUGUAAAUAAUAUGAUUUCAUUUAUUUUGAUAUUGACACUAUAUUUCUUUAACCUAUCUAGCAAGUAUAGCAAUUGCAUAUGUCCUCGUUUCCCUGUACAUAACUUUAUCAAGCACAAAAGCUGUGAGCUUUGUGGGAAAGACAUCUGUUACUUUCCUUGGAAGAGCCUGCGUCCAUGAUAUUCAGCGUGACGCUGUUCUCAGAGGAAAAUCCAUAACAGAAAUGAAUGUAGAGAUAGUGGGGUGUUUAAGAAAACUGAAAUUCAGGGUUAAUAGAAAGAGGUUAUGGGUUUGAAUAGCAGAUUUGAUAUAUUACUGAUGUUGGGAAUUUUGGGAAUAUCUCAGUCGGAUCAGUGAAUGGAGAUCAGUUCUUAUCACAGCAUCAUUCCAAUAUCCAUAUCCCACUUUUUUUGUUGUCUUUUUUUAUGGAUUAAACUGAGCAUUUGGUUAGGAGGCAAUGAGAAAGGAUAAAGAAACUGAGAAAGAGAGAAGCAGCAAUCUGUCUUUCAACAGAAAACAACAGAAAUGUAUAUCACCUGCAUUUGCACCAGCAACAAUGCCAUGGUUUAAAGGACCCUAACUGCUUCUAUUCAUUACUCAUAAUGAGAAACUAUAUUAUUAAUCCAAACAAAUCCGUAGUUUUGUGUACUUCUGCACUUCCACUGCGAAACUGAUUCUACUUGUAUUGACAUAAUUUGCACCCGUGUCUGACAUGAUGAAAUCAGCUAUAC